CUGGCCUGCUCUGGUCCAUGGGGUCACGAAGAGUCGGACACGACUAAACGACUAAACAACAACAACAACAACUUCAAUUCUCUUAUCUCUAUAUUACAAGGUGGAUGGGGCUGUAUUUGGGAGAGAGUGACUGCUGAAGCUGGUUUAGAUUUGCAAUCAAAAGUCCCUUCCCCUUCUCUCUUUCAUUCUGGCUUCCGUUGGAUGAGCCAAGGUGCCGACGUGUCUUAUUUCCGCCCUGGAGGAAGGAGCAGGCGAAACGCCCUACUGAACCUGCAAGUUGCGCCCUGCGUGUCCAUCUACCCAUUUUUAAGUCUGCGGUGCCAUCCGGUUUCUGCCCGCCCGAAGUCCUCCUCUGGCCCGAAAGAGCGCUCACUUCCGGGUUCUGUCUGGCCGUCUUCCUCCCGCUCUGUGGUUGGCUGGGAGCGGCCUGUGCGCGACAAUAACAGCAGCAUCAUGGCCGGCAUCAAAGGUAGCGCCGCUGUGGCGGUUCUGAGGGGUGGCAUGGAAAGGGCCGGGGAGCAAGGCGGGGCGAGAGGGGGGUCUUCCGUGCCAGGCCCGGGAAAGGACGUCGCCCCUCAGCCCUGGCGGUGACGUCUUCUGGCGAGGGGGGGGAGAAGAGGGACCGCGUUGUUUCCAUGGCAACGUGCGCCUUCCCCGCCUGUGAGGAUGCGCCGCUUGGCUAGAAAAGCGCGCAAACGGAGAGAGUGGCUCGUUUGUCUCUUUCUCUGCUGCCCCCAAUACCUGGACCCACAUUUGGAGGCCUGUGUGGGGUUGGCGCUCCCCACCCCUCACGUCCGUUUCCGACAUCCCUAGGCAUGGGCCGGGUCGCAAGGCGAGCCCAGUGUUGUUGCCGGAAGCAAGGCCCGUCUCACAGGAGUUUUAAAUUUUCGAGUUAGCGGGUGUAGGAGAUGCAGUUCCAGAGCAUGUGCAGAGAUAGUAUCCCCCCCCCACUUCCCCCAGAGCCAGGUACUGGGGAAGAACAGGGAAGGGAUGACAUCUUAAUGUUACUGUUAAUUAUUAAAUUUGUAUACUGCCCUUCUCAUGCGUAUGUUCACAACAUAAAAAUGAAAUAUAAAAAAACACAAAAUUAUUAUUAUUGUUACAGUGGUACCUCGGGUUACAUACGCUUCAGGUUACAGACUCUGCUAACCCAGAAAUAGUGCUUCAGGUUAAGAACUUUGCUUCAUGAUGAGAACAGAAAUUGGGCUCCGGUGGCGCAGCAGCAACAGGAGGCUCCAUUAGCUAAAGUGGUGCUUCAGGUUAAGAACGGACCUCCAGAACAAAUUAAGUACUUAACCCGAGGUACCACUGUAUUGCCCUUCUUGUCAGCUCUCCGAAGGUAUCCCAGUUGUCAUGCAAAAUGAAAGCCUGGGCUCUGCAAACCUUUGGACCGCAACCCGAUGCACACUCGUGGGAAUGGGCAUGGCUAAACUCUAUCAGCCAAGCUUUGUGGUACAGUACCUUAAAAUGCAAUAAACAUUGUGAUCCUGUGCCUUUCCAGGCAGACGCAACGCCCCGCUGAGUGCAGUGGGGCUGCCAAAUAAGUGCAUGUAAGAUUGCAGCUACACAUUUAUUGCAGCAUAAACGAUGAACCUGGUCUCUCCCACUAAAGAUCCUGUCACAAUGAAUUGGUUAGUCUGAGGAGGGAAAUGACUUUUUGAUGGUUUUGUUGCAUUAGACUAUGCAGCUUCUUCUGGAAUUCAGUACCAUUUAGCUUGGAAGAAUUUUCUGAUUAAGUAACACACAUAGGUUUGCCAAUGUUUCUCAGACUCCUAGCUGUGGUUGGGCUACAACUCCCAUCAUCCCGGACCUGCUAGCUAGAGGUGAUAGCUAGGGAUGAUAGGAGUUGUAUACAACAACAGCUGGUUUGAGAAGCACUGAAUCCAUUCCAGUAAACUUGAUCUUGCAACCUAUUGAGUCUACAGUAAAAGUUACCAGAUGCAAAGGAGGAAGAUGAGGCUCCUGUGCAUCUAAAUAACUGUUUAUUUGACACAUUUCUUAUUUGUCUCUCAUCUUGAAGUGGUUCACAAUGUUAAUCUUACACCUUUAAAUAGCAAUAUGCAUACAUACUUGGAGGGAGGCUGGGCUAAGUUUGGUAAAUAGGAAGGAGAUUUGGUACAUUGCAAGCAAGAAUAAAAGAAAGUGGAGCGGCUUUAUGAGAAAUGUCACUGAUUUGGUCAGUGAUACUGGGGCAGAAGGGACGCGGGUGGCGCUGUGGGAAGAGGUAGACGCCACCGUGGGAGCAGGGCCGGGGCGGGAGAGUGCUAGAGUCCUGUCUAGUCAAAUUGCGUGGGAUCAAUUCCAAUCUGUUACCUCCGAGGAUGUGGACAGGCUGCUUGGGCGAGUGAAACCAGCCACCUGUCUCCUUGAUCCUUGCCCAUCCUGGCUUAUAAAAGCUAGCCGGGAAGGGCUGGGCGAUGGCCACAUGACCCGUACGCCGGCUCCCUCGGCCAAUAAAGCAAGAUGAGCGCCGCAACCCCAGAAUCAGUCACGACUGGACCUAAUGGUCAGGGGUCCCGUUACCUUUACCUUUACUGGGCCAGACAACAGGGAAGUGCUGAUACCUUAAUACACAAACUUAUAUAAAUUAACACAAAAGUAAGCCUUUUUGAGUUCAAAAAUGAGACUUCAUCUUAUGUAAGUACAUAGGAUUUUGCUUUUGUCUUGAACUUGCUGGGUAUACUUAGGUAAGCUACUUUGUCUCCGUGUCAGUCCCGGUCUGAAGUAUGGAGAAAAUAAUAUUCAUCUACCUUAAAGAGAUGUUGUAGGAAUGACAGAUGUAAUUUUUGCGAGGUGCUAUGAACAGUCAUAAAAGGCUAUAUAAAUGCUAACACUUUUGCAGUCUUAACAGUUAAGUCAAUAUCAUUUAGUAAUUUAUUUACUGAUGUCCUUCCUUUCCGUGAAAUCAGCAGCAACCCAGCAUAAAAUUGGCUUCUCACCAGCAGUACUUAAAUACAACAGAACAGUCAUGAGAUCCCCAAUUAUCAGCAUCAAAUUUAUAAAGUGUAAAUAUAACUGUUUUUCAUCUCACAUAAUGCAUUACUUGUAUUAUUUUCAUAAAGAACGUUCUACCAGGAGCUGUCAAAGCAGUUCACAGCUUAUAUAGAUGUAAUUUUUGGAAAGGGGGCUGUCUACACUAUUUUGUAUUGCCCCCCUCUUACUUUUUUCCCAAGCUGGAGUUGCAUCUUUGCUAUUGUAUGGUAUAUUCAAAGUGACUGAAUGAGAAGGCUAUUGAUGAGAGGAAUAGAAGCAGUACUCUGGUCUCCCUUCUGCCCGCAGUUCUUGUUAGUAGAGGGGAAAAACUGAUCAAAUAUUUUGGAGGACUGAUACAGUUUUAUGUCUGUCUUUACAGCUUUGAUUAGCCUGUCCUUUGGGGGAGCUGUUGGACUAAUGUUCCUGAUGCUUGGUUGUGCCCUUCCGCAGUACAAGUAAUGCAUUUUCAAAAGCAUAUUCUUGUUUACUGUUGUCUUAGUUUCCUUUUUAAUUUCUAACUCUCUUUUCUUACUUCGUAGCUAUUGGGUUUAAAUAAGCAAACAAAACCAACACCAAUUCUGGCAAAUCACCAGCACCCCUUUGUUGAUACUUUUGAGUGAGAAAAAGAAACAAGCUAUGGUCUUAUGUCAAAUCAGACAAUUAGUCUGCAAAGUCAGUAACAUCAGCAUUAACAGCAGACUCUUUAGCGUUUCAGACUGUCUUCCAGACCUGUCUGUCAAUGCCAGAGAUUGAAACCAGGGUCUUCUGCCAUAGCCCUUCCCAACAUCUGCCAACUGAGCAUAGACUCUAGCUAUGUGAUGAAAUUCUAGUUGUAAUUUGCAGCUACAAAGGUGCUCUGUUCAUUAUAAUCCAUAUUGGAUAGUUCAGGGUUAGCCAAUUUGACCUCCCGGUGCUGCUGGACUAUCCCAUUAUUUCUGCCUUUUUGCCGUACUAGCUGGAGUUUAUGGGAGUUGGAGUCCAACAAUAUCUGAGGAGCACCACAUUGACUUAUCUUGGAAUCGUGAAUAGACUUGGAGAUAGAAAGCCUCUCAGGUUGCAAUCCAAAAAGUUUAUUCUUCUGAAGAGUCCUAAAAGCAAUAAACAGAGUGACUUCACAGCUUCAAUCUGCCCUACAAUAUAGCUUUGGGUUCGAAAGCACGUGAAAAUGCAAGUAGAUAAAUAGGUACCGCUCCGGCGGGAAGGUAAACGGCAUUUCCGUGGACUGCUCUGGUUUGCCAGAAGCGGCUUAGUCAUGCUGGCCACAUGACCCAGAAGCUGUACACCAGCUCCCUUGGCCAAAAAGCGAGAUGAGCGCCGCAACCCCAGAGUCAGUCACGACUGGACCUAAUGGUCAGGGGUCCCUUUACCUUUACCUUUAACAGCCUGAACUAUAAAUUGAAACAAAUCAUAUGACUUCAUAUUCCACUCUCUUCAAUGCAUCAAUUUUGUUACUCCGGUUGAAUAGUUGCUUAUAUGCUUAAUAAAUUUGUUCUCCUUAAGGUGGAGAUACCAAUGUUAAGAGAUUAUUUCAAAAACCGUCAUAUUAGGUCUGAGCAUCAAACUCACCUGGGCUGAUGUAAAUCGGUAGUGCCUAAGCUUUCUUACCAUGUAUCUCAUCUGGCCCUAAAAAAAAUGGUCCCUCCUAUCCCAAAGGGCACCAAGCCUUGGGUUAGAUGUUUUGUUGGACUAGUAUUUCCCCCAGCUGUCUUUGCACAUGAGUUUUAUUUGCAUUAUCAUGAAUUAUUACAUUGCUUAUAUAUGGGUGUGGCAGUUUUAUUGUGUUUUGCUGUGUAUUGUAAAGGCAGACUUUAUCUAAAGAUACUCUGAGGACAAGAGGAAGAAUACCUGUAAAAUGUUAUUUGCUUUCUUUUCUUCUAGCGAAUAUUGGCCUCUCUUUGUCCUGUUCUUCUACACCCUUUCUCCAAUUCCAUACUGCAUAGCAAGAAGAGUCGUCGAAGACACAGAUGCUACAAGUAAUGCCUGCAAGGAACUUGCCAUAUUUCUUACGACGGGCAUUGUUGUCUCAGCAUUUGGGCUCCCAAUUGUGUUUGCCAGAGCACUACUGGUUAGUAAUUCCCCCUUUUGAACAUAUGUUUCACUGUGGUGUUCUAUUUGUUUAAAAAGUGAGAAACACAGAACAGGUCAAAUGAUGUUGGGUAUAAAGCUUGUAGGCAGGACUCUAGAUUAUUUGUCAGAGCAUCUGGCAGAUAUAGAGCCCAGAUUAUGGUAUCAGGCACAUAAAACUGUUGAAACAAAUAGGAUUUGGCCCUAAACAGGAUCUAUUUGGGAAGCCACCUGGGAACCCUCCGAGCUCCUAAGAACAAUGGGUUCCACAUAUAAGCAAAUAUUAUAAAUGUAAGAAGUGGCUUGCAUCCAAUGUAAUCACUCUGUGAACGGAAGGAGCUUCUUCCAUUCACAGAGCAAUUACGUUGGUUGCAGCUCAAUAGGUAGCAUAAUGUGUACGUGUUUGCUUGCUUCUUUUUAUAUGCCAUGUAACUCUCCUUUCCCCCUCGACCAUAGAUUCGUUGGGGAGCCUGUGCGCUUGUCCUCACAGGAAACACAGUCAUCUUUGCUACCAUCCUAGGGUUUUUCUUGGUAUUUGGCAGCAACGACGACUUCAGCUGGCAACAGUGGUGAAAAGAGUUGGAAAGAGAACUAUCGGCAUCUUGUGUCAUUCAGUGGCCAUCCAUCUAACAGCAAGAACGGGCAAUAAAGCGAAUGUACUCUUUCCACAGAGGGACUCUAGGUGUAGGAUACUCUGUAGUCACUUUUCCUCUCCUUUCACGUUCAACUUCUAACGUCUUGCUUGAUUUAAAUGUUAUUAAUUGUUGAUGCUGUUUUAGUUUAAUGCUUUACUUUAAUGUGGGGAUCAGAAUGCUUAAAUGUGAUGUUUGAAUCUGUGUUUUUCUUUUUUUCUGUUUUUUUUGAAGAACAUAACUGCAUUUAAAUAUGAAAUUGAUCUUUUGACCAUGAAUUAUUUUUAAGCUACAAUGUACAAUCGUGUAACCAAACUGGCAGCAAACGGAGGUCACAGUCCAGUCAUAUGGAAGUGUUUUUGAAGCCCUAUCCUGCACAGGUAUUUUUUGAAGUAAGUCCCACUGAGUUCAAUAGGGCUUACUCCCGAGCAAGUGUGCAUAGGAUUGUUCACAUGUCCUAUUGAACUUAGUAGUAGUGAAGCAUGUGCUCAACACUCAACCCCUUUUGAAAUAAAUAGAAAGUGCUUAGAUAUAGCUGGCAUGUGCUGUUUAUUAGCAAAUGUGAACAUGGUUAUGGGAUUUUGGAAGUGAAGUGUAAAGAGCUGAAGGGAGAAGCACUUAGCAGCUGAUUAAUGGGUUGCUUGUUUCCAUAGACAGCUGAAAAUGUGAUAAUGCCAAUAGUAUGGGGAUAGCUUUUAAUAAGGGGAUUUUUUUUAUUAUUUUGGAAGUUUAUGCUCAUUGUACAAAUAUUUUGCAAGUUUUUAUUAUUGACACUCCAAAUGAGGAGGGGGAAACCUAAUUUCUCAAUGGGAAGUGGAAGACGUCUGACAUUUAAAAUCCACUUUUAAAAAAAUCCCAUUUUGAAAUCUUUCUGUUUAUAUGUAUUAUACACUUUGAAAAUCUAUGAAGUCAACUCUUUAUAUGUUUUACCAAAGGGGAGGUAAAAGGAACACCCAUGUAACUACUGAUUAUGGGCACAACUCAGCCAGAAGAUCUCCUGCACAGGCCACGUAGAAAUGAAUGGUAGUGCUCUUGUCCAGCUCCCUUUUAUUGUCACCGUGACAUGUACAGGAGAACUACUCGGUGGAUUGCACCCACUAUGUUUGCAAAGUAUAAAAGGAGAAUUUCUGCUUCCCUUUUUAAUUUAUUUUAUACAUGGUAUAAAAAGGCUUUUCAAAUGUAGAUUGAAACUUUUCACUGUAGGUAAUAACUUACCUGACAGAUCAAUUAUUGUUUUGAUAUACAGUCAAAGCUUGGCUACCUUGCAGAUCUUUGACUAUGAAGGUUUUAUAGUGGUCCUGUCAAUGUUCCGGUUUAUGCAUUAAUAAAUGUUAAUCAUAAUUGUAGUUCUGUUAGAGUAUAUUACACGUACCAUACAAUAUUUAUAUUUGUUGCAUACCUCUUAAUUGUCUUUUCCAUUAACCAUAAAUAACUGUAUUUUGUAGAUCCAAUUCUUUUGGAGUGGUGCUUUGCUGGUGACUCGUUAGUAAGAUACUCAGAUGUCUCUGUCUGUGCUCUCACACUGUGCAGUCAUGCAAACUAGCCAAGUCUAGCCAAGUGAUAUAGUCACCUGAACACAUUCAUUCCACUCUUAAUAUAGCUAUCUGCUGGCACAACUCAGUGGAGCUUUCUUCUUUCUUUCCCUGACUUGUUCAUAGACAUGCAUGCUCCACAGUGAACCCCUGCAUACGGAUCUAGACAUCACUCACCUCCCCAGCAUCUUGGGAGGGUGAGGGGCAUCUGGAUAGAGAUAAAGGCAGUGAGUAUGUAUUGGUCUCCCACUGCAAGUAAGAGAGUUGAAUGGAAGCUCUUUGCUGCAUCUUUCUACCGAGAGAACUCUGGCCAUGGCAGGGAAGCUGCAUCAUGUCCUCCUUCAUGUGCUGGCAUCAUAAAAAAGGGAGUUGAUGAACAGAUUGUAGUUAUCAGGGCAUCAGUCUACAGAAGCAUAGACGAUGAAUGGGUUCUGUUUCUUAAAAAUAAUGUGAUACCGACUUAAAAUUUAAAACUAAGUCUGAGGGGUGAUCUUGACGGUUACAUCCCUAUUGUAACUUCGAAAACAUUUUUGUCCUGAGAUUCAAGAGGAGAAGAGGGACAUGUACAAAGUGAUUGUGAAGUACUUGUGCCCAGUUAUUUGAAUCCUGGUCCAAGUUUUAAAUGUCUGAACAUUUUUCCAGGUCUUUCAAGAAUGUUGAAGCAUGACUUCUGCAUGACACAGAUAUUUAUGCUCUCAAAUCCCUGAAAUUCCUUUGGAAAUUAUUUACAUUGACAGUGGAACAGUUGUAGCUGUCAAAUAGAUAACUCAUUUAGUGAUCCUUCCAAUCAUGUAUUAUAGCAAAUGAGUUCUCUUCUCCCCUGUUGUACUGUUACUUUUCUUUGUGAAAUUACUGGCUACUCUUCAGUUGGGCGCCAACUCUGUUAUAUUUAAUAGUAGUGUAUUUUCUGUGUAUUAAUUGUGUGGACAGCAUUGUGGUGGUGAUCUUGCUUAUUUUUAGACAUAGUGCUGUCUCCUAUUAUCAGGUUAGACAUUUGAGAGGUAUGUCUUUCUUCAUGUAAUAUGCACUGAGCAGCAUUGCCAUCCUUCUACAAAGAGAAAUUUUGAUGAGAAAACAAUAAAAAAUUUAAAUAUCAGAA